GACUGAUGUGAAAUAAAGUCAUAUUUGCAGGGUUUUUGAGAUCAUCUUAAAACAACUUGAAGGAUAACUUUAAUUUUUUUCUUAGUAAUUCUCUCCCCGCCAGUGAUAAGAGAAGAUGUUUAAAUGUUUCAACUAUAUGUUGCCUCAAAUCCGGCAUAGAUAUGUAAAACUCCCUCUUUUAGUUUAAAUACAGUAGAAGAUGGAUGAUGAAGCAGAGGUGUAUAAAAUGUGGCGCAUUCGCAAAACUGUUAUGCAGAUGUGUCAUGAUCGUGGAUAUCUUGUCACUCAAGAUGAAUUGGAUCAAACUUUAGAACAAUUUAUUGAACAAUUUGGUGAUAGGCCAAGUGAUGGCAGACCAAGUCGUGGCGACAUAUCUGUUUUAGUUGCACAUAAUGAUGAUCCCACAGACCAAAUGUUUAUUUUUUUCCCAGAAGAAGAAAAAGUAGGAAUCAAAACCAUAAAACAGUAUUGUACUCGUAUGCAAGAAGAAAGCAUCAAUCGUGCAAUCAUAGUUGUGCAACAAGGAAUGACACCUUCAGCCAAACAGGCUUUAGUUGACAUGGCUCCAAAAUAUAUUUUGGAACAGUUUCUUGAAAAUGAAUUGUUGGUCAAUGUGACGGAGCAUGAGUUAGUACCAGAACACGUCGUGUUGACACCCGAAGAGAAGGCCGAGCUUUUGGACAGAUACAAACUGAAAGAUCAUCAACUUCCCCGAAUACAACAAGGAGACACCAUAGCACGAUACUAUGGUUUAAAACGAGGACAGGUUAUCAAAAUUAUUCGACCCAGUGUGACUGCAGGCCGUUACGUGACAUAUCGGAUUGUUCAAUAAACUUAUCGUGCAACGCAUUGAAUGUAUCGUAUCAUAGUUGUGUCGUUUUCUGAAAGAAUUGUGACAAUAGGAAGGUAAAAUAUGUAUAAAUGGACGUAUUAUAACGAAGCUGAGAGCUAUAAAAGACAUUCGUAGAACGGUUAAUAAACUAGCACAUUGUAUAAAGUAUAUUUUUAUCCAGAGUAAACAACAUACAACAGA